AUCGAACUCUUCGAGAACAGCAAACCAAAAUUCAACAUGAAGUUCCUAAUUGUUUUCGUCGCCCUCUUCGCCGUAGCCCUAGCCGAGGAAGUCCCUAUUGUGCGCUCUGAAGUAGACAUUGAACCUAACAACUACAGCUUCGACUGGGCGACUAACGAUGGACAGGCAGCUCAGGCCAAAGGUGAGCUGAAGAAUGUUGGAACUGACCAGGAAGCUCUCAGUGUCCAGGGAUCCUACAGAUACGUGGAUAAUGAUGGAGUCGAACAUAGCCUCUCAUACAUCGCCGACGAGAAUGGAUUCCAACCACAGAGUGCCGAUCUGCCCGUUCCUGUCCAGGCCUAAGUCACCAAAAGUUGAUUAACCAGUUCCUGUUAAUAUUGUUUUUACUAUCGAAACCUUAAAUUCGAGUGAUAGACAAUCUAAGUCAAAAAAUAAGAGCCUGUAACGAUUAAAGUCAAAAUGAAUACCUGAAAAAUUGCGUUUUGUAUCUAAGGCUUCUGAGAAAUAAUUUACUGACUAAGGGACUGAUUACGAAAUUGGAAUAACGUUGCUGUUUUUCGGAUAA